GUAUCCAUUUCUAAUCCACCUCUGUUCCUGCGAGCUAUUUACACGCAUCCUCUCCUACUCAUCCGUUCAAUCCGUACCUAGGCGACCUUGGUAGUCGAGUGAAAUUAUAUCAGUCUAUAUAAAUCGAUAGUCAACGUUAUAUAUUCCUUAUAUAUUCCUUAAGUUAUAGGUUAUAUUAUUUAUAUUUGUCUUCUACGGAUCUGCAUCCAUUUGCAAUCAACCACCAGUGAGCCUACUCGUAUGAAAGGCGGCCCGUGACGCAGCGGUUGGACUAGAUCAUCAUCAACACACAUAAGGUUUUACCGGCAAUCAAUCCAUCUUGUUGCGUCGAUUAUCAAUUGUCAAUCAUCACAAUAGCAAGGAGUGAGUGUACCAGAAAAGAACAUCUACACCAAAGAAAAGAUGUCACAACCAACGGGAAAAGAUACACCACAAACGACACCAGCUACUUCAGAUCCAUCACAACAAAACAUUCCACAAGCUACAACCUCUUCCGCCUCGAUCCCACCACAAUCAAGAGGGCCAACGUCCCCCGAUCAAUCCACCACUACCGCCACUGCCACGACGGGAAAUCAUGAUUAUACACAAACCGAAACCGUGAAUCAAGGUAUUGCCCACCAAAGUGAUGGAGAUCAAGAUGAUCAUGUUGAAGUUGAUACCCAUAGCGACGCUGAUUCCACUUGGGACGACGACGAUGCAUCAACGGCUUCUACAUCUAUCACUUCAUCCAUGUUAAACUAUACCUACGAAAAUGGUCGUCGUUAUCAUGCCUAUCAGUCCGGUUCUUACCUCCUUCCUAAUGAUGAAGCUGAACAGCAACGACUCGAUCUCAAACAUCACGUGUUCAAGCUUAUUCUGGGUGGAAAACUAUUCUGCGCACCCAUAGAUCCUAAUCCUCAAAGAAUUCUCGAUGUCGGAACUGGAACUGGUCUGUGGGCAAUUGAAUGUGCUGAUGAAUUUGCUUCCGCUGAAGUCACCGGAACCGAUUUGAGUCCAAUCCAACCGGGUUGGGUACCACCAAAUUGUAAAUUCAUGAUAGAUGAUGCUGAGAACGAGUGGUUGUUUUCUAACAAUCGACAAUUCGAUUUGAUACACUGGAGAGUUCUUGCAUCUAGUAUAUCAGAUUGGCCAAAAUUCUUCAGUCAGGCCUAUACGCAUGUUCGACCCGGGGGAUGGGUUGAAGCACAAGAGCACGAGGUACAUAUCGAGAGUGACGACGGUACUGAUCUCAAUGCUGGAGACCUGCAAAGAUUUUUCGGGUUGAUUGACGAAGCAAGUGUUAAAAAUGGAAAGAUGAUGGAUGAAGUUGCUGGAAAUCAAAAGCAGUGGAUGAUUGAUGCUGGGUUCGUCGAUGUUCAUGAUCAAGUCUACAAGGUACCCAUUGGUCGCUGGCCCAAAGACAAAAGACUCAAGGAGAUUGGUAUGUAUUAUCAAGCUCAAUGUUUGGAUGCCGUCGAGCCAAUCAGUAUGGCGUUGUUUACGAGGGUAUUGGGGUAUAGCUUUGAGGAGGCACAGGUGAUGAUGGUGGGACCAAGAAAUGAUAUGAAGAAUCCCUUGAAUCAUGUUUACAUGAAAUUUCAUUUCGUUUAUGGAAGGAAGCCGGAGAUAUAAUGGUGGAGCUGCGGAAAUAGUGCUGUGAACAGUAGAAGAUUGCAAAUAUGGGGUUGUUUUGAUCAUUGGUUUUUUUUUGGAGCGAAGCGUAGCACCUUAUUAUUGAGGUGAAGUUCGAGAUCGAUUGAUCAUCACUUAUAUGGAGGGCUUGAGUAUGGGGAGCCAGAUGAUGCGUUGUCUUAUCAAUCAUGGUGUCUUAUUCAAAAAGAGGAAAACGGCUCGAAAACUUAUAUAUAGAUGUGCAAACGCUCGAUUGUUUAACUCCUGCAGUUGCGCUUACGAAUAAAAGUAUUUAAUUUCAAACUUUUAGAUUCAUAUAAAAAUUACAAAAAUAUGGUUCUCUUUCCUAGCUACCUAAGAAUCUUCAUCCA